AGCCCUACGGUUUCUUUCAAACUUCUUAUCAUCUUAAUUGCUCUUAUCAUCUUAGUCUGCACUGUUUCUAAUUUCCUACUAUUAUUUCUAUUGAAUUUCACAACCGCAUUUUACCGUUUAAAGCAUGAUGAUUUCAAUCCCAAGCUGUGUUUCUCAACAUUAACGCAAAAUAAUAUAAAAGGAAGCAGUCUCACAGACCGAUGCAAAUUCGCCAAAUGAGGUUUCAAUUUCAAACCCUUCCCAGCCAAAGGGAGGCUGUAAUUUUCACACAAUAGUGAUAAUAAAACCUUCCAUUGCCAGAUGGUUCUGACAAGCUCCAACGUGCUCUACAGGUUUUCUCUGAAAAUCACCCCAAUUGUACAAAACAGCCAAACCACACAAUAUAUCCUUCGGCAAUUGUGUGUUCCUCCCAGGUGGAAUGGCCUUAAAUGUGCAAGGUCUUUUUCACUGGUGAGAAGUUGCGAUCGUGUCAGCACAGCUGCCUCUUCAUACGAGCCCUGGGAGCCUUCGCCACAAUGAAACAUUUGAUACCUCUGUCGCUGCUUAUAAUCUUUUCCACGGAAAGAGGUUCGUCCUUAUAUUGUUUCAGAUGUGAUCAUGCAAAAUCCCAUGCAGAUUGUACCAGCUCCAUUAGAUGCUCCGACAUGGAAAAAUUCUGUAUGUCACAGAUGCAGCAAGGACCCGGGGAGGAACUGGCGAUUAGCAAAUGGUGCUCCCCAAAAUGCUCCAGAUUCGGCCUGGAAAUCAAAGGAUCCAACAUCUCUUCACAAUGCUGCCAAAGUGAUUACUGCAACAAUGGCGGGGCCAGCAGUGCACCAAGCGGCGGUGUCCUUGUGAUGGGAGCCACCCUCGUCAGCUGCUUCUACAUCUUCCAGAAAGAGUUGUGA